GCGAGAUGCCGUCCGGGGACAGCGCCGGCGCGGCCGAGCCGGAGGAGCCCGGGCUGCCGCUGACCGACGGUGCGCACGCGGGCGCCAGCGAGGAGCCGGCGGCCGCCGAGGCAGCGGAGGCGCCCGGCAGCGGCAGGUGCUGGCUCUGCCGCUCCUCGCCGUGCGCCUCGCGCGCGGAGCCGGAAGCCAAGAAGAAAGCACCCUGUCCUGGACUUGGCUUGUUUUACACAUUACUGUCUGCCUUCCUUUUCUCAUUGGGCUCUUUGUUUGUUAAAAAAGUGCAAGACGUCCAUGCUGUAGAAAUUAGUGCAUUUCGAUGUGUUUUCCAAAUGCUAGUUGUUAUCCCUUGCUUAAUAUACAGAAAAACUGGGUUUAUAGGCCCAAAAGGUCAACGAAUUUUCCUCAUUCUCAGAGGAGUGAUUGGUUCUACCGCCAUGAUCCUUAUAUACUAUGCUUACCAGACAACGUCUCUUGCUGACGCCACAGUUAUCACGUUUAGCUGUCCGGUGUUUACGUCCAUAUUUGCUUGGAUAUUUCUCAAGGAAAAGUACAGCCCUUGGGAUGCUCUUUUCUCCAUGUUCUCAAUCACUGGAGUGAUCCUUAUCAUGAGACCACCAUUUUUGUUUGGUUCCAACAGUUCGGGGAUGGAAGAAAGCUAUUCAGUCCAUCUUAAGGGAAUGUUUGCAGCAAUUGGACAUACCGUAUUAGCUGCAUUGACUCUAGUUAUCCUAAGAAAAAUGGGAAAAUCGGUGGACUACUUUUUGAGCAUUUGGUAUUAUGUAGUACUUGGCCUCGCUGAAACCAUCAUCGUCCUCUCUGUAUUAAGAGAAUGGAGUCUGCCUUACUGUGGAUUGGACCGGCUAUUUCUUAUCCUAAUUGGGCUCUUUGGUUUGGGGGCUCAGGUAUUUCUCACUAAAGCAAUUCAAAUAGAAAAGCUAGGACCAAUAGCAAUAAUGAGGACGAUGGAUGUGGUCUUUGCUUUUAUCUUUCAAAUUAUUUUCUUUAAUGAUGUGCCAACGUGGUGGACAGUGGGUGGUGCUUUCUGCGUAGUAGUGAGUAAUAUUGGAGGGGCCAUUCGUAAGUGGUACCAGAGUUCCAAGUGAACCAUCAGUGCUGAAAUUUCACCCAUUCAGACACAACUCGCGUGCAUGCGCGCGUGCACGCACGCACACACACCCUUUCUACCUGGAAAAUCUGCAUUUACUUCAUUGAUUAUAUUUAAUAAAUUUUAUAAAUAAAGUGCCAUUUUUGAAUAUAGUAUGUCUUUAAUUAGUUAGGAAUAGCUAGUCUGUUUGGUCUAGCAAUUUUGUUUGGUAGCUUUGGUUUUGGUUUGUUUUUAUUGGGGUGGUAUUGGCUAGAGGCAUUUUUGAAGUUCUGCAAAAAAUUUUUAUGACUUUAGUAAUGUAUGUAAUUUUUAAAAUGUAUUUUUGGUACUGAUGGGAUGUGGGUUGGGAGGAAAUUUUAGGUUUUUUUUUUUUUAGUAGUAGAGAGCCUAAGAAAUUUAUUGACAAUGCUGCUAUAAUUAGUAUUAUAUUGAUAAUUCAUUUGCAACAUAAUUCCAUUUUGGAGGCCAAAGCUAAAACUUGGAAUAGGUGCCUACAUAAUAAUGUUAAUAAUAUAAAUGAAUUAGCCUUAUUUACAAGAACUUUAUAAGUGAUUAUUGUACUUUUAACUUAUGUUCAUGCCUUUUCAUUUUAAUGCCAGAAUUUUAUGUGUAACCUCUAAAAAAAAGUCUAUAAAUCGCCAAAUUUAGCUAGUAGUUUUCUGUUUCAGUGGCAUUAGGAACCGUAGCUAUCAUUUUAUAAUUUUAAUUAUCCUCUGGUUUUUGAAACUGCACUCAAUUUUUCUUAAUGUUCUGAGAUUUCAGAUCUUUAAAUCACAAAGGGAAAUCUUGGCAUGACCAGUGUGCACAUUUCUAUCCUGAAGAAUUUUCUCUUCACUAGAACUGUGAUUUUCUAAAAGUUCUCUUUGAAUUUAUAGUGUGAUGCCAAAAAGAAUUUUCUCAGGAUCUUAUUAGGUUGAACCACAUGAAAUUACCAAGUCUGUACCAUUUUAACUUACAAACACCAUAUAGUUUCAUAUGGUUCACCCUAAUAGACACAUCCUCUACCCUCUAAAUCAAAUACUUAGAGGUCUUUGGACUAUAUAUUUUUAAAUAACUUUUUAAAGUACAGUUAUGCUAUUAAUCCUAUUUUUACAGUCUUUUACCCUUAUGGAGUUACAUGUAAUAAUGCUUCAUGUUAUAUGUUAAAUGUAAAGAUCUGUGUGUUCAUGGUUGAUUGACUUUCAUAGAAAAAAAGAUCACUGUUAAAUUCUCGUAUAUCAUCAUGAUGUGAAGUGUCAAUGCUGCACCAUGAUACGAACAUCAUGAAUUCAGACAACCCAUUUUAUACGUGGAACUUCAUCAGAUCAAUACUCUGCAGUUAAAGGGAGAAUUUAAUAUCAGGGAAAGCUUGGAAAGUUAGGAUGUAGGGAGUACAUGCAAAUGAUUCUUUGUCACAAUGACACCUUUAUUGGUGAGGCUUAAAUGACGGCCUUCAACUCUUACUGUGUGAGACGUAGCAUCUAUUAUUAUUUUAAGCCUGCAGAGUUGAAAGAUUAUAGGCUCUUUCCCACUCUCUCUUCACAAUUCUUCCAAAGCAGGGAGCAACUUGGCUUCUGAGAUUUAUGGCUUGGUGAGAAACGAUCUUCUCUAAUAGUUCCAAGGGGGAAUUUUUGCUGAUUUUAUCAAAUGCUUUCCACCUGAUAAAUCCUAAAUGAAGUCUAAUUAGGUGAGUCAUCUCCAUCAUAACUGUAGCCUAAUUUACGAUCUUGGAAUUUAGACUUGCAAUAGUGUCAUUCUGUAAGUAUCUUAGAUAAUUAUAGAAUCAGAGUAUUUCAGAGCUUAAAGGUAUCUUAGAAAUCAUCUUGUAGGAGCCAUGCUGUAUAGAUAGGUAUGAUAGGGAGAAGAUCUGCCCAAGUUGGGUUUCCAUGGCCUUAUUCCCUCUAAUUCCAUAAUAAGGUGCAGAAAGUACACCACGACUUGAGCUACUUAAGGUGAAUUAACUCUCAGGGAACCCUCUCCCAAGUCUUUACCUUGCACAAUAAAAGAACCUCUGAAACCUUGGAAGUUAAAUCACUUUGGGCCCAUACACUAGAGAUCUGGUUUAUUUCAACAGUGUAGUUUGAGUACUUGGAUGUCAUGAUAUAUAACCAAGGUUAGAGAAAAUGUUUCUUCCCCCAACUUUUCCAGGGUGUGAUUCUUAGAUACAUAAUGUCCAACACGUAUACAAGGAUAUGUAUUGUAACAAUUAUGGGUGCAUAUGUUUCACAAUGAUUGUAGUUUCUAUAUCUUGAAAAGGAAAAUAUUUUCAUAACUUGUUUUUAUUUUAUAAGUGCUAAUAAAAUAAUAUGAAAGAAA